AUGAAGACAGGUCAGGCAUGGCGUCUAGGCAUGAAAGACAUGCAAAUAUUGCCUCCACAUCGCCACCGCAGUCCUUUAAAAAAGCCAACAUGGAUUAUUGUUUUGGUUUCUUUAGUUAGUCUGUUCUUAGUUUGUGCUUAUGUGUAUCCACCUCAGAAUUCCGCUGCCUGCUAUUUGUUCUCAUCUCAUGGUUGCAAGGCAUUGCAAAAUUGGCUUCCACCCACUUCCUCAAGAGAACUCACCGAUGAUGAGAUUGCUUCUCGUGUCGUAAUUAGAGAUAUACUGGAUACACCGCCUGUUAUACCAAAGACUCCCAAAAUUGCAUUCAUGUUUCUGACACCAGGUGCUUUACCUUUUGAGAGGCUGUGGGAUAAAUUUUUUCAGGGCCAUGAAGGUAAAUUCUCUGUCUAUGUGCAUGCGUCAAAAGACAAACCAGUGCAUUUCAGCCGUUACUUUUUGAAUCGGGAGAUUCGCAGUGGAAAGGUAGUAUGGGGGACAAUAUCGAUGAUAGAUGCAGAAAAACGUCUUUUAGCAAAUGCACUCAAAGAUCCUGAUAACCAGCAUUUUGUACUACUUUCUGACAGUUGCAUACCACUUCGUAAUUUUGACUUCGUCUACAACUAUCUCUUGUACACAAAUGUUAGCUAUGUAGACAGCUUCGAGGAUCCUGGUCCUCAUGGAAGUGGACGGUAUUCCGAGCACAUGUUACCCGAAGUUGAGAUGGAAGACUUUCGAAAGGGAGCACAGUGGUUCACAAUGAAGCGGCAGCAUGCUACUAUAAUCAUGGCUGACAGUCUCUACUAUACGAAAUUUAGGAUUUAUUGCAAGCCAGGCAUGGAAUAUGGACGCAACUGCUAUUCUGAUGAACACUAUUUGCCAACAUUUUUCAAUAUUCUUGAUCCAGCUGGAAUUGCAAAUUGGUCCGUCACACAUGUUGAUUGGUCUGAAGGGAAGUGGCAUCCAAAAGCAUAUCGGUCACAGGAUGUUACCUUAGAGCUAAUGAGAAAGAUUACAUCUAUUGUAGAUAGUGUGCAUGUUACAAGCCAUGAAAGGAAGGAAAUUCAGAUUAGACCUUGCUUGUGGAAUGGAAAUCAACGUCCGUGUUACUUGUUUGCAAGGAAAUUCUUGCCCGAAACUCUUAAUAGUUUGAUGGCCAUUUUCUCCAACUAUACGUCUUACCAAUGCAAUUGGAAGAAACAUUGGAGGUUACUCGAAGCCGAGCUGAAGAUAAAGAAAGUUGCUGCCAGUGUUGAUGACGAUGAUUUUGUGUAA